AUGUCCUGGCCCAAUGCCUUCGCCGCCCAGCUUUCUUCCGACAAUUCCACUCUACUUAACCACCAGCUGCACUUCACGCCCUGGGAAAUGGACAUGGUGGGCAGCCUACUCUUCGCUGGCAUGAUGACAGUAGUGUUCCCUGCUGGCUGGUUGGUUGGGAGGUUUGGCCGCCGCCUACCGAUCAUCUGCGGCUGUUUCCCCCUUGUUAUAGGCUGGUUCUUCAUUUACUUCGCAAAUCAUGGUAUCUUCAUCUUCGUCGGCAGGUUUCUCUGCGGAUUCGGCUUAAUGAUCAUGAUGGUAUCCUCAAAGAUAUACGCUCUUGAAAUCACCAACACCAGCUUCCGCGGCAUGACCAUCGUCACUGUAGACGUCAUGAAGUUCGCGGGAUACAUAACGAUGGCGACGACUGUAACUAACUUAACAUGGUACAAGAUGGCAGCGCUCAACGUUGUUCUGUUAGUUAUAUUCGGCAUCACUGUGCUGCUGGUCCUGCCCGAGACUCCUGCAUUCCUCGCUGUGCAGAACAAGGAGGCUGAGGCGCGCCGAAUCCUGAGGGUAAUCAGAGGUCCGAAAGCUGACGUAGAUGCAGAGCUGUCUCUUUUGAAACUCCAUAAUGCAAAGGAAGGCGGUAGUUUAGGGUACACUGCCUUGGUGAAAAAGGACGCAUUAAAAAAAAUGACAGCAUUGUUUGUACUGCUUUUCUUCCGGGCUUUCUGUGGCUCAGAUGUAAUCAUAUCGUACACAACACGCAUGCUGAAAGACCUUGGCGUCACACUGGACCACGGCAUCAGCACACUCAUCAUCUCCUCAGUAAGUCUGAGCGGAAUCAUUCCCAUGAGCGCCGUGGUGGACCGCGUGGGACGCCGCUUAUGUAUGAUAACGUCCCUUGUGAUCAUGGCUAUGAGCUACAGUGCGCUUGGAUUUUAUGCUUACUUCCUACCGCCCCCACAAUUGGCCGGGCAUAAACUUGACAUCAGACUGUUACCUUCGCUGGACGACAACGUGACGGUCUCCUAUCUGCCUGAAGCUACAAGGUAUGUGGAGCCACGACACGCUUGUGGUUCACAAAUAUUUGCUCUUUCUAUAUGGCUACACCCCAGGCUCUUUCAACUUUUUUUUUCUUUUUGCUACUUACCCACUCCAGGACCAGGGUUAUUUGAUGGCGGCGAAGUGGAAAGCCGCUUGUUUCCUGUGUUCUGCUUCAUCGGGAUCACCCUCGGCAAUGCUGCCGGCAUGAGCACCUUACCAACGAUGAUAGUGAUGGAGUAUUUCCCGACAAGCAGCAGGGCACAGGGGAUGAGCGUGUGUAUGUUAUGGUUAAAUUUCAUAACCGUGGCCGCCCUUCAGGCCUACAGCACACUGGUGGAGGCGCUUACGUUGGCGGGACUCUACUGGCAGUAUGCACUCAUCUCUGUUGCCGCGAUAUUUCAUGUCCUGUUCUUCAUCCAGGAGACCAACCAGCAGAACAUUGGCUGAGAGAGAGAGAGAGAGAGAGAGAGAGAGAGAGAGAGAGAGAGAGAGAGAGAGAGAGAGAGAGCUGUCUACAUUCACUUUAAUAUCCCUAUCAGCACCGCAGCUUAUCAGUUUUAAGUCACUGCAGUUAAUAGCCUCAACACGCAAGACGAGGAUGUCUUCUUAAAUUUGGUUAGUAGCAUUCCUGAAUCCAGCACAAUUCUUUGAGCAUCAUUCACACGGCCUAAAGCAAGUGUGCAAAUAAUAUGGUAAAAUGAAUUGCCCUGUGCAAACAUGUGUACUUAAAAAAAAAAAAAAAAAAAAAAAAAAUUGAGACAUGGAAGUUGGCGGAGAAGCUGCCACGCAACGCAAGUGAAUAGCCAGCAGUUCUAUUUUGAGGCAAUUUUCUUCACCUCCGUCCACCAGUGGCAAGCUGAUUUGCCACAUACUUGCCCUGUGUGAACACGUACUUGGUCAUUUUCCUCGCCAGCUCAAUUGCACUGUAGGAAUUGUGGAGACCACACGCGAUUUGUUUAUUGCCAAUAUUCGUAGACAUGCCUGCAUG